AGGAGUUGUCAUUACUUCAUGAACUGUGAUGGUGUAUUUGAUUAUUCCGCACACCAUCAUCACACUGUAGUCUUGCAUAACAAUCAUGACACCUUUACGGGUUUAAGGCGCACAGCAGGUAAGUGGAAAUCAUGCAUCUACGGUAGUUUACUUCGAACUUGUGUGUUUCUUAGAUGUAUAUCGCGUGUCCAAUAGCGAUAGGUUAGCUUUACUAGCAUGUGUAACGUUGGGGCCUAUUGAGCAAAGUGGCUCAGGAAGCUGGAGGCGCUGCAGCGAACUAGCCAUGCUGCCAAGUUUGGUGAAAUAUGCAAACUUCAGUAGUUAGGUGGACAAUGUGUGUGGUUUUGUUGGACUCUUACGUUAUGGCGUAACACUGUAUGUGUGGAGACAUGUCUAGCAAGAAGAUGUCGAGGUGUUAAGCGAUUGUUAAAGCAGCUGAGACAGACCUAUGUUUGCAGCAACUCGCUAGUUAGUAGCAUACUAGCAUCAAAUAGGCCAUAGACCUUUGUUAAGCAGCUGAAGUUUAAACAGAACUUCCGGUGGCGGCCGUCAAAGUAAAGUGUCAAGUAAAAUGUAACCGUAGAUGUUGCUAUUGUUUCAGUGUUUUGCGGAUAUAAUCGACAAGAGAAUCAUUUAUACAAUCUAUAGCAACAAUGAUUUAAUAUUAUUGGGCAGAAAUAUGGUUCCAGUCGUUAAUUUGUUCAAUAAAACAGAACAGGCUGUUUUAUUGUGAAGGUGUAUUCGUCCUCUUCGCAUCUCUUUAGCUCUCACCUUAAAUGUGAUGGAGCAGCUCUGACAAGCGCGGCUUAGCUAGCUGGCUAGCUAAAGACUUAACCCACUUAACUUGAGUGACACAGUGAGUCUGUUUACAUUUGGGACCUGGUGGUUGGUGGUGUUUACCCAUGGAAGAUUGAAACACACAGUUACCCGGUUCAGUAUGGACUAGCUAUAGUGUCAAACCUGUUACCAGUCGGUCUACAAGUGCUAUGUUAGCAAGCGUAACCGUGUUAACAGAUCAGGUCUAGUUGACGUGAUCUUAUGGAAAAGCAAUGCUCCUGUAAAAUGUAUUAAAGGCAUGUUUUCCAACAACUGUUUUAGUCCGUUUAGUUAAAGGAUAUUAUAUAUAUUAAGUAGAUUGACAGUUAUCCGUCUGCCAAUAGACCAGUCAGCCUGUUAAAGUACAUAAAUCUACAAAAAAUGACUGCAAGGAUUGAAGGAUUUGGAGUCUUGAAAGCUGCACAUUCCUGCAGUAUAUUACCAACUCUCUGAGCUCUUUCACAGUGUUUGCAAUAAAUGACACAAUUUCGUACAUUAUGUUAAAUAAGAUCACAUAUGCAGCUGAUAACCAUGUAAGAAAAGUAAAAGCUCCACGGUGAAGAGGUGUUUGGAGAACAUAUGUAAAACUGGCAUUAUAAGUCGUGUGAAAAACUACAAAUAAUACUUUAAUCCAUCAGAGUACAAAACCAUUUCACAAAGCUGUGGAGACAGACUCGAUUCCUUAAUGAUAGCCUUAUAAUAGUACCUGUUGUUUCAGGUUUUGCAUGAGAUAAAAAGUAAGCAUGAUAUUUGUUAUACUAACAGAGAAGAUGAGAUGGUUUUGUAGAGGACUCGAAUAAAUACUCACGCAUCUGUGUGCCAAGCAAACACUAACAAAGCUGUCUUUGAGACGGGUGAGUUACAACUGUCGCCAGGUCUGUGGCAGAAUAAGAGACUGCAGAAACAGCCUUUAAACUGUUAGCGUGUUAAAGUACCACAGCUAGUGGUAAAAGGUAUCAAAGUAAAGAAAGUUAAAAUAUGUUUUCUAAAAACACUAGUUGCACACAUAGAAGGAAAGGUUGAAAAAGAGACAAGAGGUGUGGCUUAGCCCUCUGGGUUGGCCUGGGCAAUAUGGGAAAAGGUUUUUCAGGAUAUAUUUUUUUCAUAUCAGUCAAUAUCAAUAUAUAUCACGAUAUAAAAAAUGAAAUUUAACAGUGCUUAUUGGUAGCAUGUCUUUUGCAAUAAAAUAAGCUACUGCAUCUGUGAGGUCUUUGUGUCUCUUUGACGUUUUGUCAUAAGGUGUUGCGCUAGAGAAAGCGGACCGAAUGGUCAGCUGUUCUCAGUAUCAAAAGUGCUAUGGUUGCGUGUAGUUGCAGCCUGCUACUACGCAGUUGUUUGCUAUUUGGUUCUAACUCAGCACAUGAUUGGUUCAGCGUGAAGCGGCUCCACGGAAACUCUCCUUUUCAUUGGCUAUUCGUAUAAUCUACCAAAACAUGGCAGAAUGCUGGCUAUCUCAAAGCAUAUUGACCAUGUUUUAAAUUGAUAUCGAGGGAAAUUAAUUUUCGAUCUAUAUCGUUAUCGCUUUAUCGCCCAGCCCUACCUCAAGGGUCACUAAGAUUGACCUAAAAUUUACAUUUCUCUUGCUUUUACAAACUAGUUCUAUCAUCCUACUCAAAAAUAUCCCUAGAUAAUACAUUUUUAGAUCUGAUGUCCCUCGGUCAUUUGUUGUUUGUGAUUUUGCAUUCACCUACAUUUAUGUAUAAUACAUAAGUAUAAAAUUGUACCAAGUAUAACAUUAAUGUGUUCACUUAUCAUCGCUGUGCUGUUCUUUUUACAGACUAAAGAACUACUCUAUGUAAGAUGAACACUGAGGACAAGUUGGAGGGCAUGAUGCUGAAGUGCAGCAGUGGAGGGAUUGAUGGAGGAGGAAGAGUUGGGCUGGUCAGCGGAGGUGGACUGGUGGUAAUGACUCUUGGGGAAAGAUCACUGGCAAAUCAUCCGCUGUUGGCUGAGGAUGACGAUGACGAAGACGAGGAUGAGGACUUGACAGGGGGCUCGCUGGUUACACAUGACCUGGUCCCUCCUGAGCAGCUGAUGAUGCAGGAGGAGAUGACAAAGAAUGGAGGAAGUGGAGACGAAGAGGGAGGAGGCGAGGUGGGAGUGCAUUUCCCCCUUAAACUCACCAAUAAGUUGCCCUGCUUGCUUCACAUGCCAGUGAGUUCAUGCUGGUUGAGAAAAGUAGUCCAUGUGCAAAUUAUAACAGAAUAACAGAAUAUUAAUGUGUUAAGAGUCUCAACCUCAUUGUAGAGCGUCCACUUGAUGUCCCUCUCCUGUAAUAGCUGAUGUUGUGAUCACUGUAUUUUGCAAAUUUAACAGAAAAGACAUCACAAUCACCCACAACCCUCUUCACCUCAGCUGACACAAACUGGCACUUUCCUGGACCCUCUUUUCCUUCCCUCUACAGACACUGAUUUCAUUUACUGAGAGGGAAUACAAGUGUGCUUUCUUCCUCUCCUCGCACGAAGCUGUUGUUGUUUUUACAUGUUAAGUUUAAGUUUAAUUCUGGAUUGUUGGUUUCAAUAUAGGGGCUUAACAACUGAGCUGUGAACCCCUGUGUUAUUUGUGAAUAUUUCCUGCACAGAAUACAAAAAGGAAUCAAUAACUAGAAGUUAUCCACGGGAUCAAACCUGGUCUUGCUUAUCCAAACUUGUUUUACAUUCAUAGAUUUGGCCGGAUAUUUUACUAUAACUAUUUUGCUUUCUUCGGGAGUUGAUGACAAACUUCAUUUCAGAUAGUAUUAGAAAUCUAUGGGUGCCCUGAAGCUUGCUGUAAGGUAGGAUCUUUGAGGCCUUUUAGGACUUUGGGAUUCUGCCUAGUCUACUGAGCUUCUAGCAGGGGGCCACACUCUGGAUGCUUAAACCACAUCAACUGGCUGCUUAAAUUGUGGAGGAGCAGCUGCUCCUUAGAGGGGUCCUCUGACGUUGGUUACUUAUCCUGUGCUUUCCUUAAUGCACCUGUCUCAACUGGAUAAGCUGCUGGAUGUGUGGGUGGGCUUUAAAGUAGGUCAUUUUUCUCAUUUAAUAUCUUGCCUAUCUAUGGUCUUUCUUUUACAGCUAAGCAUCAAACAGGAACUAAAGCUAUCUGAAUCAGUGGGCCAGAUCAAGAGAGACAAAAAAGGAGGGAAGGACCUAAUGGUGUGUCCCAAGAAGAAAAAAAGGAAACAGCGUUCACCAGCAAAGGUAUAUUUCCGGUCGAUCCUUGGAACCAUGUAUUUUUAAAGACCUGACCUGCAUAUGUAAGAGAAAUGUCCAAAUCAAUGGCUGCAAGAGUGAAACUGACACCAAUAUGCAUAUUUUUCUCCUCAAAUCUGUAGAUCCUCAGCAUCAAUGAUGAUGGAUCGUUGGGCAUACAAAACCCCAAGUGUCACAUUUGUGUUCACUGUAAUGCUGCAUUCAGAACCAACUACCAUCUACAGAGGCAUGUCUUCAUUCACACCGGUACGAAUUACACAGCCAUGUUUCAAAAUGACAUUACUUUGUGUCGCUCUAAGAAUUAAGACAUCAUGUUGAUUGUGGAGUGAUCUGUAAAAAGACUUUUGCUAAAUUGAGAAGUUGCUUCGACACUUGCAUUGUUGUAUUUAUAAUGUUGAUUUAACGCAGAUGUUUGUACAUCUGUUUUCAAACUCCAGGUGAGAAGCCGUUUCAGUGCAGCCAGUGUGAUAUGCGCUUCAUUCAGAAAUAUCUUCUCCAGAGACACGAGAAAAUCCACACGGGUGAGAGAAAUGAAAGCAAGCAGCAGUAACUGGAGCUUAGAUUUCUUCUUAGUUUUAGUUGAGACACAUUUUCUUAUAUUUCCUCCUUUCUCUUCAGGUGAGAAACCUUUUCGCUGUGAUGAGUGUGGGAUGAGGUUCAUCCAGAAGUACCACAUGGAGAGACAUAAGAGGACUCAUAGUGGAGAAAAGCCCUACCAAUGUGACUACUGUCACCAGGUAAGCUGGCAGUUAGUUGUCCAUAGAAACAAGAUAACUGAAUAUGUUGACAAAUCAGUGGUUACAAGUCUUUUAUAUGAGCCAGUGUCUCCUUAUAUGUAAGCCAUUUAUGUACUGAAGAUAUAAAAAAGGAUGUGAAAGGACAACAAUAGUCUUUAAACUGAAGUCUGUCCCCCCCCUCCACAGUACUUCUCCAGGACUGACCGUGUUUUAAAGCACAGGCGAAUGUGUCAUGAGAACAGAGAGAGAAAGACCAACAAAGCAGCUGGUAAAGUUGGGCCUUUGCGUGAAGCAGAUUCUUUAGGCCUCCCCUUUCUUGCCAAAGAGUGUUCACUGCCCAAGAAGAAGCGCCAAAAAUGUGGGGACAAAGGUUCGGGCGCUUCCAACGCUGCCCAGGCAGAUGGGCAUGCCACAGCUGUAGCAGAAACCGAUGAGAAAGAAGAGGAGAGACAGCAUAAAACAGAAGGUCUACCUCUCUACGCUGUGUCCUCCAAAGUCAAACAUGAGUAUGUGAUUGCAGACUACUCAGUAGAGCUUCCUGAAGACACAGCAAGCCAACACCAAGAGGACCAAGUGUCAUCAGAAGAUGCAACUCCUCAUAAACUUGUCCUGAAGAAAGUCCCCAAGAGAAGUCUGAAACAAUCCAGUGAACAAACUCCUCCCUGCCUCUCCACGUUGUCUUCCUUUGAGGAGAAUACUAAGGUCACGCAGUACACCUUUGAAAUUGUAGACAAGCAAGGCCUUUUAGAAGUAGAAAGCAACACUGAGCUGGAGUCAGUUGAAGCUCUUCAAGGACCAACAAAGCCAGCAGCUAGCAGCACAAACUAUGACGACGCCAUGCAGUUCCUCAAGAAGAAACGCUAUCUUCAGGCUGCAAUGGCCAAUAACAGUCGGGAUUACAGCCUGAACACGAACAGCAUUUCUUCACAGCCUCCUGUUACACAAACUGUGGUGUCAACUGUCAUCGACGAGACUGUCCCUGCUACCAUACUGGAGCCUCAGCCCAUCAGCGCAGAGAUUAAAACCACGCACGACAAGAAUGUUCUGCCGGAUGAGGUUCUUCAGACGCUGUUGGACCAUUACUCCAACAAGGCGAACGGGCAGGCAGACAUUUCCUUCAGCGUGGCUGAUACAGAGGUGACGUCAAGCAUAUCCAUUAACUCCUCAGAUGUCUCUGACAGCAGCCCCGGGGAGAGUCUCGGUCCUUCCACUGCACAGGCUCAGCCAGCGACAGAGAAAGUCAGCCUCUUGCAGGAAUACUCCAAGUUUCUCCAACAAGCUCUGGAAAGGACGAGCCAGAACGACAGCUACCUGACCAGCCAGAGCCUCAGCCUGGUCUCUGAGAACCCCACUUUAGCUGGACAACCUCUGUUCUCCAAUGAGAAACAGUUUCCUUCCCCCAGCAGGUUCAAAUCAGGGAUGAGCUCUCCACUAAGGUCCACUUUAGAGAAACCUCACUUUGGAUUACUGGUCGGGGACUCCCAGCACUCAUUUUCAUUUUCAGGUGACGAGACCACCCCUCCCUCUGCAGUGUCCCCAGCUGACGAGGACUUUCUGGAGCAGGUCUCACCUUCAAAAAAGACAGAAUCUCCACAAGGCAUACUGCAGACUUUUCAAAUAAGCUCAUUUGAUCAGAACUUCAAAUCUCAUUUCCAGACUUCAAGAUCUGGAUCCUCCUCUCAGUUUACUGUUGCCAAUGGACAAUUGAGUCUUCGAGGUCACAGCACAGACUUCUCGGAAUUCCCCUUAGUCAGAGUCACUGAGACCAGGUCUCAACUGAACUCCUCCCCUGAUGUUACAUCCAGUGAAACGUUUGGCUGAAGGGAGCAGAGGAAGAAAUCACUUCUGUUAAUAAUUUCAACAGCACUUUAUCUUGUUUCUCUUUUUUUUCCUUUUUUUUUUUUGCCAAAACAAGUCACAUUGCAAAUAUGUUUUUUUUUUCUUUUUUCAUAGCAUCUUGUUAUAAAAUUUUAAUUUUUUUCUUCUUAUUUUGCAUAACUUCACCAGAUGGAAAUUAUGAAUAUUGAUUAGUUAAUCUUCGCAUUUCCCCCUUUAAAGGUAAAUUGCAAAUGUGCAUGAGUUUAUUUCUUGGUAAAGAAUGUUCGUCGAGAGAAAGCAACCAAAGUUUAAUGCAAGACAUAAAGUAGAAUACUCUCUCAUGUUAUUGUUUUUUUUUUUGUUUGUCCAAUCAGUUUGCCUAGCAUGAAAAUGUAUGAAGUUGCUCUUGCUGCUUAUUAACUUUUUUUUUCCACUUAUGUAUAGGUUCUGUCUUUAAAUGCCUGUAUCUAUCUUGCGGUAUCUACCUCCCCUCACUGCUAAUCUGGCUAGAUUAUAAUCACUCCUGGACCCUCUUUAUUUGAGAUGUGUAAAACAGCAGUUAAAAUGUCCACUGAAAGACCCAUUGAUGAGACAGAUUGUUCAUUUUACGUCACUUUUAAGUCACUUCAGUGCACCUUAAAUGGGUGUUUUCACAUGAGAUGCUCUAAGUGCUUGUUUGUCUCCCAGAAGAAUUAGUAAUGGUUUGUUUUUCCAAAAGAAGAAAAUGAAGAUCUUCAUUUCUAAAUGUCUAAAUAAUUAAAUAUCGUGUAGAUAAUAUAUCCCCUUUAUGGAUUAAUUCGCACUUUUUUUUUUAUAAAUCUUACUGUAGUGCAGGACAAGCUACAGAAUAAAAAAAGUCUUGAUUGUACUACAUUUCAGAGUUUGCCCCUCCCAAUUUAAAAACAAAAAGAAGAAAACAAAAUUUGGGUGUUUGCUGCAGACAUGUAACGUUUGCAGGAUAAUUCAUACUUUCCUUCCUAAGUAUAGGUAAGAGUUGUAGUGAAAUUACUUAAGAGGAUUGUGCUUAUUUUUACGCACAAUUUGCACAUUUUUUACUACAGGGAAUGUAAAGUGUACUUUGACAGUGGAGGAAUAGCAUAAUACCUUUAAUUUUAAAGGCGAGUUGAUUUCAUGAGAUGACCCCCUGUGUUGGAUUCAGAUCAUUAAAUGGUGUUCCUUGCUUUAGUUGCUCAUCAUGUAGCUCUUAUUGCUGCAGCUCUUAGAUGGUUGUUGUUUCUCCAAGAUUCGCAGGUCAAAAGAAACAACACGGUAACAGGAUGCCCUUGUAUUGACUAAGAGUCAAAAGUUUUAUCCAGGCUGUAAUAUGUAAGAGGUGGAAAUGAGGGUUUUUGUUUUAUAGUUUAGUUAGUUUUGCAUUUGUGCCUUCCUUUUUUUUAUUCCAAACUUCCGUUCACUCAUUCCUCUGUUUUUUUCUUUGUCAGUGCUCUGAGGCUACUUAUUCGACUUGCACAAUAACAACAAACUUAUAAGCUAUCGAUCUAUUCAGUCUGUAAUACAUUGAGACCUGAAACAUACCUUUAAAAUUUUCAGAAAUGGCUCCAUAUCUAACCAUCAAGAAGGAAAAGGUAUUGAUUUUGUGGCAGUGUUUGUAUUUGGGUACAGAAAGAAAAGUUUCGACCAUGUUUUGGGAUUCAGUCGUCAGCCACAUCUGUCCAGGCCUGAAAAAACCUGCAAUAGAGUGAAGUCUCUUCAUCACAUUGUUGAUUCUCUUCAUGUGUUCAUGUUUGUGUGAUGAUUUAGGUGCUAUUGCAUAGAACCAUGUUCUGAUAUUCACUAUCUCAUUAGGACUCUGAUGACUGAUGCUAAGAUCCCUCUUGUUACAAUUCUAUGACAAUCAGGGACAGAUGUCGCAUUAAUCAUUGAAUACAAUUUUACUUAUUGAUCAUUCCCAUUAAAAUUGAUGGAAAAUAUCCAGCUGUAAAUACAUUGUAUAUUUUUAUGUUCUGAGAAGUACUGGUAGAUCUUUGUGUCAAUAGAGAGACAAGUCUUAUGCUAGAGACACUUUUUGUCAGUGAAAGGCUCAUUAAUUAGUUUUCCAGCAUUAAUUACAGCAAUGAAAUCAGUUGUGGCUUACUUCGGUUUGUAUAUAUCCCACCUCUUUAAUCAGAAACAUUUGAUAUUUCUUUUACAGUUUUAUUAAUGACUGGUUCAAGUGAGAUCAUUUUGGUUGUAAGUUGAUGCAGUUGAUUGUGCAUUAUGGUGGGAUUUACUGUGUUGGUGUUGGUUACCUGUUAGAAAUGAAAAGCCCCUAGUUCUCUAAAAAUGUAGAUUUAAUUUUGCAGUAAUACUCCUGGUCAGCUUUAACAUUUUUUUUUAUGGUUGUAAAAUUUCACCUGCUACCCAUUUUCAUGAAAGCAAUGAUUGAAAGCACACAGCAGAAAAGUCAGUCUGCCUCUUUAAACUGAAUCUUGUGAAUGGUGCAUGACUGUUUCAACUGAAUGAAUAUGGAAAGUCAAACUGUUCACAGAGAUUCAUGAAUAACCCGAACAGCACCAUUUUCUUUCCUUGAAUUUACUGUUGUCAGUAACCUGGCCAUAAGUGUCCUUGUAUAAGCUAGAAAAAAAAACCUGUUUUGUGUAAAAAGUUCUGAAUUAUGAAUUUUUUUAUAAAAACUAUUUUUGAAACAUGUCAUUUAAGGCACUGAAAUGUACAGUAUAUCAUAUGCAGUCACUAUUGCUACACUCAUUUAUCUCUGUAAAAGUCUUUUGUGUCAAGAUCUUUCAAAUGCUAAGAGGGAGUCCUUCUCUGAAGUCUGAACUUUCUGCUUCUCUUAGAGACUCAGUCUUAAGUUAGACUGUAAGGUUUAUUUGCAUGGUCUCUGACUUGUUGGGUCGAGUGAACUUGUUUUAAGAAUAUUGUGCAGCUUUAAUUGUAGCUGAUUAAUUUCAGUCAAGUAACCCAUUUGAUUAGAUUUUUGCUAUAUAUAUUAUGAUUUGUAAACAAUCUGAUAAAAUGUUGUUUUGAUUGUGUGUCAUGUCCUUAUAAAUAAAUGAUUCACAGUAUUUGAUUUGAAA